UAAUUCUUUUCUUCACGUUCUAUACUUCUAAUCCUCUUUUUGUUUCCAAUACAAAAAUAAUUUGGGAAACGGUAGAAAUAAUAAUAAUAAUAAUAGUAAUACAAUUUUAAGGUAAAGCAAUCCGCCGCCGGCGUCUCCGUUGCUCGCUUUCACAUGGAUUCGCCCACCUCCUGGGAUUCCUUGCGAAAGCAGGCAAGGAAGGUUGAAGCACAACUCGAUGAGCAGAUGCACUUAUAUCGUAAAUUAGUCAGCACAAAAGUUGACAGUGCUGAUGAUAAUGAUCUUGAAAAGGGGAUAGAUAAGCUACUUAAAGAGUUGCAACAAGUCAAUUCUCGAAUGCACGCUUGGAUCUCAUCUGGAGGAGCUGAAAUCUUUUCCCAUACGUUAACUCGCCACCAAGAAAUACUUCAGGAUCUUACUCAGGAAUUUAAUCGCCUCCGUUCCAGCUAUAGAGCCAAGAAAGAGCAUGCUUCAUUACUUGAUGAUUUUAGGGAAUUUGAUCGGACAAGAUUGGAUCUGGAAGAUGGUGGUGACUCUUAUGAGCACGCACUCCUUAAUGAGCAUGCUUCCAUCCAUAGGAGUACAGGACAGAUGGAUGGUGUGAUUUCUCAAGCUCAAGAAACCUUUAAGACUCUUGCGUUUCAGCGAUCGACAUUUGGUGGCAUUAAUUCAAAGCUCAGCAAUGUUAGCAGUCGGCUUCCGACGGUUAAUCAAAUUCUUUCAUCAAUAAAGAAAAGGAAAUCCAUGGACACUAUCAUUCUUUCAGUAGUUGCAUCAGUUUGCGUGUUUCUCAUCUUGAUUUACUGGUUGACGAAAUGAAUCGCCGCUAGUUUCCCUUGGACAGCAUUC